AUAUUUAGUAAACAUAUAUAAAUAUACUAAAUUACUUAGAAUAUCUGUCAAUUAAAUUAAAGUGUUAAUAUUUGUAACAUACAAGUAUAAUUAGUUAAUUCUUCAUUAGCGGAGAAAAUUUUUAAUACAAAAUGAUUUUGCUGAAUCAAUCAAAUUUUGUAGUUAAUUUUUGUUUAGCUUUUCAAGUCGUAGCAGUUUUAAAUGCGCCAGCCUUAUUUCGUGAAGUUUAUGAUGAAAAAUGUGAAGUUUGUAACAAAUCAAAGCCGGUAGUAUUUUUAGACCCUUGUUUACACCGAUUGUGUGCAACAUGUGCUUACGAUGCUGAUUUUAAAAAUAAGUCUAAAUGUCUGGUUCCAUCAUGCAAAAGAAACAUAGAAUAUUACCACAUUAUUAAUGAUAACGGUUUAUGUUAUAUUUGCAAAGAAGAAGCAUCAACAAUAACAAUAAUUCCCUGUUAUCAUAAAGUGGGUAAUGCUUGUGCCUAUGAACAAAAACUUUCACAAACGGCGAGAUGUCCACAAUGUCAAAGUGUAGUCACAUGUUUUAAAGGAAGUGACAGUGAACAAGAAUGCUGUAUUUGUUCCUUAGAAAAAUCAUUAAAGGUAACAUUAAUUCCUUGCAAUCAUAAAAUAUGCAAUGAUUGUGCUAACGAGCUAAUAAUACAGAAGAUUUCUGAAUGUCCAUUAUGCAGAGAACAAAUAGUAUAUUUUAAUAAGAUAGAGUUAAUAGAAAGAUGUCCAUGCAGAGAAGAACUUAGACAUGUAGUCUUGGAACCUUGUCUUCACAAGAUAGGUGUAGAUUGUGCUGAUUUUAUUAGUAAUAAAAUGUAUUAUCAACCCAAGUGCCCAAUAUGCAGCAAAAACAUUGAAGUCUUUCGUACUGAUGAACCAUUAAUAAACAAAUCAUUAAAUCCAUCUCGAUUAAAUCGCAUUAAAAAUGUAACGAUUCACUAUUUUAAUACAUUUUGAGAGUAGAAGUAGCUGAUAUUUAGGGUGAUGAAAAAUAUGGUGUUCCAAGAAGAAAUUUUUAAAUUAAUAUAUUAUACAACCGCGUUCAUUAUAAUAUCAAUUAAUUAUAUAUAAUUAUCAACAUGUAAAAAAAAUUAUCACAUUUAAAAAAUAUACUGUAAUAAAAAAAAUGUAUAU